CACGUGACAGUCGUUACUCUCAUGCCCCUGUUUCGGUUGCUAGGGGGAGAGAGACGGUCCAUGGCAACGCUUUACUCCAACUCCACACCGAGAGAGAGAGAAACGCGAGACGUAUUUGAUCACACAACCUUGGAUAGAAACACAGAAAUCGAGUCGAGCGCUCCUGGAAACUUUACACUGACAUCCCAGAGGAUUUUAGCCUGCUUUAGGACCCCGCGAACCGGAGCUUCAAUUCGGCAUCAUCGGUUCAGUUCACAUUGCCGCCGGCCAGGUCACAGCGAGACCGCGAUCCACAGACCGGGCGGCCGGAAAAGAGCAGCGUGUGCCGGCAGAGAGACGCUCCACAGCGGGGUCAGAACUGAAACCGCUCCGUCAAAGUUUUCUGACUGUAAUGUGAGUCCGUUACUGCUUUCAAGAGACAGUAUACUUUCAAAUGAAUAAAUAAAUAACGUGACUAGCAUGCAAAGUGCUUGCAGCUACUUAACACUAUUAGAUUAGACUAGCAAACUGUAUUAUUCCCUGUGCGGGAAACUUGUGUGCAACUAAUACAAAUAAAUUAUACACUAAAUUACUAGAGAUCAAACAACACAUCACAGUCCAACAACACUGCAUUUGCUUCUGCACAUUACAAACAAAGUAAAUGAGUUUAGCUGUAUUACAGAGACAAAAUUAAGCUCAAUUCCUGUUACAGUUAUACUUAUUUGUACAACUACUACUACUAUUACUAUUACUACUACUACUAUUACUAUUAUUACUACUAUUAUCAUUAUCAUAAUUUGUUUUCUAGAAUAUAAUCUUGAUAAUAUAAAGACAAACACUCAGGAUGUCUACGUGCUGGUCUCGCCGCCGUGUUUGCUGACAUUGGUGCUCGUUGUACUGGGACUGAGGGGAAGCCGCCUGUAGUCAGAGCACCAUGUGUCGCUGUGCUGGCUCUGUCACUGCCGGGUCAAUCCUACUGAGUGAAACUGACACGGGGAGGGGGGGCCUGCCCCACAGACCGCCUCACCCGCUCACCCCGUCCUGAAACACACUCUCCUGAUACACACACGGACAAACGCCGGGGCGAGCCGGCCGAGGGCAUGGGCAACUCGUCCCGAAAAGAGCCAGAGGACGAAGGAGGAGAGGAAAAGGAGAAAAAGGUUAAAGAGGAGGGAGAUGAAGAAGAAGAGGAGGAGAAAGAGGAAGAAGAGGAGGUCAUUGAAGAUGAAGAGCUUCCCCUUGGGGUCGACGACCUCUUAGCGAGUGGAGAUCCAGUAUUGGAUUUGACCUACUACAAAUUCCGUCGGAUUCCUCGCCAAGUGCUCGAUCUGCACUAUCUGGAGAAGCUCUAUAUGUGUGGUAAUCGUCUCCGCGACGUCCCGAAGGGAAUCACACGGCUGCAGGGUUUGCGCACGCUUGCGCUUGACUUUAAUAAGCUUGAUGACGUUCCUCUCUCAGUGUGCCAGCUGACCAACCUCACCUGUCUCUACCUGGGAAGCAACCGACUGAUGAGUCUUCCUCCAGAACUGGCGAAUCUGCAAAGCUUGCGCUGCCUUUGGGUGGAAAGCAACUUUUUUCAGCGGUUCCCCAAGCAGCUGUACGACCUUCCCAAUUUGCGCUCUCUACAAAUCGGGGACAACCGCCUGCGCACCCUCCCUUCAGAUCUAUGCCGCAUGGAGUCCCUCCGAGGACUUUGGCUUUACGGGAACCGUUUUCAGGAGUUUCCACGAGUGCUCCUCAAGAUGGAGCACUUGGAGAUUCUGGACAUGGAUCGCAAUCGGAUAUCAGAGUUCCCGAACUUGCAUCAUCUUCCAGCAUUGCGCCUUUUCUCCUACGACCACAACCCUGUGAAGGAGCCGCCACGUGUAGGGGAGGAGGUGUUGAUUGUUGGGGAGGGAGCCGAGGAGGUUUUACAGGCUAGAGAAAGAAAGAAAGAGGCGAAAGAACGUGCGGAGAAGGAAGCAGAGGAGGCGGCGGCUGCUGCGGCAGCGGCUGCUAAUCCAGUUAUUCACGGAAUACUCAAGAAACUCCGAAUGAACUCCGCCCUCAAUUUGGCCGCUGCUAAGGAGAAAGAAAUGGAGUCAACAGGCGACGAGGAUGGACAAAAUAACGAUGAAGGGGCGGAGUUUGAAAAACAAGGUGUGACAUUUGAUGAUGCGGGGCUUGAGUAUGAUGAAGGAGGUGGUGGUUUGGAAUAUGAAAGGGAGGAGUUUGUUUGUGAGGGGGAGGGGUAUGAAGGUUAUGAGGGGGCGGAGCUAGAAUAUGAGAGAGCCGAAAUGGACUAUCAAUACGAAGGGGAGGAGCAAGAACAGCCUUGAUACUUGCACCUGUUCUCAUCAUAAUCUACUUAUUAAAACAAAAGUGUAUACUUAAUGUAGACAGAAUUGCAGUUUGUUUCAGCGACCAAUAGUUAUUUUUAAAAUAAUACUGUGCAGACAAUACAAUUACAGUUACUGCAAGGGUUGCUGGUUCAAUCCCAUAGAUCAUAGGUCUCGAAAUCAAUUCCUGGAGGGCCACAGCUCUGCACAGUAAUGCUCCGACUC